AUGCAUCUCUCUCGUUAUUUUUCUGUCGCAAGUGUGCUCUUAGGUCUUGCUCUAGCAACGACAGAAGCUAAUAAUGGCACUCAAGUGGUAUUCCAAGAACCGAACAUUUACAUAGCGCUCUUCGUUGGAAUAGACAGUGGCUGUGAAGACUUGGGCAAUGUCCCAUUUCUCUCUAUUGAAUUUCAUGCUUCGCGAUGCGUUGUGUCGGAUGCGGCUUGCGGCGACAAAGGACCGGAGCUCGAAAUAAAGGGGCCCGGCAAACAGCUCGAUAAGGAGUUUAUUGCUCGUAGCAUAGCCUGCUACUCGAAGUAA